AUGGCCCAAGUUGCUUUGAUUACCGGAGGAGCGAGUGGAAUGGGCUUAGCAGUAGCAAAAGCCCUAUCUGCUUGCAACGACUGGCACAUCCACAUUCUAGACAUCAACGAAGAGCGCGGAACUCAGACAGCAAAGGAAGUGCCGAGAACAACAUUCCACUACGCGAAUGUGACCAAAUACAGCGAUCUUGCAGCAGCGUUUCAAGCAGCCUUCUUGGAGAGUGGUAGUCUGGACUUUGUAUUCGCCAACGCCGGUGUCAUCGAGCGAAACAACUUCUACGCCACACACUCGGAGACUGGCAAGGAUGUAUCCCCACCACCAGAGCCAGACCUGCUCUCAAUCGAUGCUGAUUUGAAGGGUGUCGUCCUGACCUCUUACCUGGCUCAGCACUAUUUCCGACAUUCGCCCCAUGGCGGCAAGGGUUCUAGCCUGGUGAUGACCGCUAGCUGUGGUGGUCUAUAUCCGUCCUUUUAUUCACCCUUGUACUCUGCAGCUAAAUUUGGCGUCAUCGGUUUCAUGCGCUCUAUCUCCCAGCACUUCGCAGCAGGUGGAACCCGAGUCAACGCCAUCUGCCCGGGAAUCGUCCGAACCAACCUCGUCGACUCAACUGGCUGGGAUAGCUUCCCACCCGAGCGGUUCAUCGAAGUGGAAACGAUCGCCCGUGUAGUCCUCCAGCUCGUGGAUGGCGGCGAACCCGCGAGCCAGGGGUUGACUGAUUCUUGGGGCUCGCAUCUGCCCCUUUCCAGGUUGUAUGGAGUUGCAGUGGAGAUGUCGGAUAGCGGAGUGUACUUCCGUGAUCAGCAUACAUUCUGCGAUGAUGGGAUGCGGGCGGUCAUGGCGGCAACAGAUGUCGAGAACCAGUUGGGUGCUAUUCUGAAUGGUGAUUAG